CCAAUCAGUUGAUCGCGGUGUGAAGAAAAAACCUUCCCUUUUGGGUUUUCGUAUAAAGGUUAGAGGCUUAGACCGACCGAGCGGAGAACGCAAGAGAAAAGGGCAUUAGGUCGUUGCUUACUGGUGCCCGCACUGCUGCAUAAUAAUAACCACGCUUAGGGCGCGCGCUGCGACCUAGCAAAGCUAGCUAGCCAGGUAGAGCUGCUCUGAAGAAGACACUAUAAAGAAAGGUCGUGGGAUUACCCAGAUCGUGUUUGCUGGAGCUAGUGCUGAACCCUGCAAAAAAAGAGUCCAGGAAUGCUGGAGAGAGAUCGUUUCACUCUGCUGCUUGUCUUCCUGACCUCACUGCACCGGCAAGCAAAGUCCUGUGAACAAAUCACAGACACGGAGUGUCUACCCAACCAGUAUAACCCUCUUCACCUCCUACGCCGAGAUUAGGUGCGAACACGACACCCCUCUCGACUUUGUCUCCUUCUACCUCCCCUCCGGAGUCACUCUCACCACCUCCAAUCUUCCCAAACACCUGAUUGUUGAUCGCGAAAAUCACGCCACGCUCGUUGUAAACGACAUCGCCCCAGAGGACAUCGGACAGUACCAGUGUAACUUCCGCGACCAGCACGGCAACCAGUGCUUUGAGCAGAUUGACUUGCAGCUGGACGUUGAUUUCUGCACUCCAAACUCCGUGACCUACCACCGAUACGCCGGGGAGAGCGUCACCCUCGAGUGCUGCGUCAACAACCACGCCAGUCAGUACUGGAAGAGAGACGGUUCCGAAGAUCCGAUUUCCGGGAGUGACAACGUCCAAUUAAUAGGGACCUCCCUGAAGAUAAGUUCGUUAUCGCUGGAAGACGAAGGGACGUAUAUUUGCGUGGCCGUCGAUGGAGUAGGCGAGGAAGAAACGCUCGCUGCUGACUUGAAAGUCUAUGAGCGACUAUCAAUCAGUGUUGAGCCGCAGCAGAAGGUGGUGAACGCAUCAGACAGAGCAGAGCUGACCUGCACGGCCAGCUCCUACCCUCCCCCCACCAUCGUCUGGACACGCGAGGUCUCCACUGAGCUACAGCUGCAAGCUGGAGUCAUAGAGGAUAAACAAGUGGCGAUCAACAGCACCACUAUUCAGAGUGUUCUGACGUUCUUCUCUGUGAGUGACGAGGUGACUGGGACCUACCACUGCACCGGAGUCAACGGCAACGGCUCCCUGACUGCUGUGGCCAGUCUUCAACUAUUUGGAACACCAAGUCCCCCUCUGGAUGUGACGUUGUCAAUAGCCAACCAAACCAACGUCAACGUGACCUGGAAACCGCCACUAGACGAUGGACACUUGCAACUCCUGGGUUACUCGGUCAUGUGGUUCAGAAUGGGGGCCAAUGGGAGCAUUCUCGACCGAGACUCACACCAAGUCGACAGUUUAUUUACCAAUUACAUCAUCGAGGACCUCCUGCCCGUUACUAAUUACAGCGUGACAAUCUACGCUAUAAAUGGGCGAGGGAGAGGGAAGGGGAGCGACGAACAGGACAUUUUGACUUUUCCAAGCGUGCCAGGGGCUCCAACUCAGGUGGACAGUUCUCAACUGACGUCCUCCUCCGUCCACAUCGAGUUCACCAUCCCUACUGACACAGGGGGCUUGCCAAUCACCCGCCUUCGCAUCACCUACCAACCUGGAAGAGACGACAAGAACACCAGCUCAGAAAACUUCCUCCUCCCAGACGCCAUCCCUCUCCAGAAACGAUCGCAGAAACUCGAAGGUCUGAAGGGAGAUACUGCAUACACCGCCAGAGUAUCGGUUGGAAAUGCCAUCGGAUUCGGAAAAGAGAGGGUGGCUCUAUUUAGAACUCUUCGCCCGGGGUAUCCUGCGACGCCUACCUCCGUACGAGCGUCGUUGCCGGGGGAGAUUGGAGCGACUAGCGUGAGGUUGUCGUGGAACGUUCUGGACGUUGGAGAGCCGAGCGUGGGAUACGAGAUCCGGGCCGUUGAGGAGGGGGCGACCGAGGAAGAUGGAAAAUUGUUUAUUCUGAAGCCAGAAGACGUACAAGUGGAUGGAACUACAGAGAGUGCUAAGGUAUCGCCUCUGGACCCUGGGACGUGUUACACGUUCACAGUCACCAUGACGAGCAGGGAGGCCGUGGGCUUCACGAGCAGACCGUCCAACAUCACAUGUACCCUCUCCUGCCCGAAGCAGUCACAGUGUGGCGAUAUUGCCGGUAUAAUGGACAAGGAAAACAGUAAUGCCAAGCUCGUUCCAAUCCUAGCGGUGACUAUCGUUGUAGCCAUUGUGGUUCUACUGACUGUGGUCCUGGUCGCGGUCUUGUCGCGAAGAUACUCAAAGAGACGCAAGUCUUCGAUGAACCUCUUCUCCCACGACCAGAGCUUUACGGCCAGCUCUAGCUCGUCUCAGUUUGGAGUGGAUCGUUCAGCCUCCUCCCUAGUCUCCUCAUCUCUCAACUACAACCAUCAGAUCAGCCAAAACAGCAGCAGUGCCGCCGAUUUCGAAGAAGCUCCCACAACCAGCUCCUCAACGGUCUCCGACAACCCGUUUAAUUUCGGGACACCCCACUCUCAAACCGGGUCGCCCCAGUAUCAGAACCGGCCGCACCACUACGAAAACGGGACAGAGUCUGUGUCAAAUUUGUCUGUCGCGUGUCCGCAGCAGCUGCAGGUGACAGUAAUUGGGGCUAAGACGAUAGGGUCCUACCCUCUCUUCCCUAUCCCUGAACACACUGUUGCCAUGGGAGGCCACUUCGAAAACUCUGCUCCGGAGAUUCCAAUUAGAGCCCAACAACUCCAGAGAGAUGGAAUGGUUAUGACAGAAAACCCUGCAUUUAAAAAGCCCCAUCACAGUAUUCCAAUUGCCUCACACCCCAACGGGGUACCCCACACCCCGGAGGAUACUACUCCACCUCCCGUUCCUCCGCCCACGUACCGCAGAGGCUCACACCCCGAAGUCGUCGUCGGCCCCGCCCCCCAUCAUUCACCACCUCCCCAACACAUUCACGUACACACCACACAUCAGCACACCACCGGCCUACCUGCUUCGUAUUCCUCAGCACCUUCUCUGCCACUGGGGGAAAGCUUCAGUCUGGCGUCGAGGUCACCAGCCAUGCCCAGGACAGCGGAGUUCUUCCUCCCUCCCGACGGAGAAGAAGAUGAAGUCGAGUUCACAGACAAUGACGCCUACGAGAGUGCCUCGCCGCAACCUCUGUGCCGCGAUCUGCCUCUCCCCAAUCCCUCCCCCUCCUCUUCCUCCACCCUCCCUCAAUCCUACUCUAAUCUGUCAGUCGCCAGUUUCCCUCGGGGUCAGAGUGCAAGCCCGGUGUUGCCACGGCGACAAGAAGAAAGAAGGGGCUCCUCCCAGUCAACAGGGUCGGGGGUUAACGAGGGUCCGCCGCCGAGGUUCGAGAUCUCCAGACAGGAGGAGAGAAGUAGCAGUAGAGAGCGCGGCGGUCGCGGUGCAGUAUUCGAGACUGUUACCAUAAGGAGCCGUGUGUGAUUGUCUUAGAUUUACGUUUGCAAUCUAUUAUUUAUGGAGAUAUUUAUGUUGUGAUUUGUACCCUUAAUUAUGUUUGGCAAGCUCAGUAGAGGACGAGUAUAGUGCGCAUGCGCAAUCACAUUGUGGGCGGGGCUACCGUCGUUACUAAGGCAACGCUAAAUAACAGGAGCUCAGGGUGUGUGCAUGCAUGCAUGCAUGCGGGACGAGGUCUGUCUUUGUCAUGGAGGGUCGGAGGCGCCUGAAGAGAAAGAGCGACGAGAACCAAAUGAGCGAGCGGGAGAGCCGGCAGUCGAGUGUGCGUGCUAGGAUCUCGCGAGACCGCGAGCAGCAGGACGAGACGGCUGCAGCCGGAGGACCGACCACUAUAAACCAUUCCCCGGUGGAACGGAAGAGGUUCUCGUUUCCGGGCAAGACAAGAGGCAGCCGGGAAGCCCCUGAUCAUUACCAACAGCCACUGCUCUUCAUCUCCGGUCAGAGAUCAAAGCCGCAGACGGGGACCACAGAUUUUGAAGCCCAUCUGCAGGAAGUGUGGAGCGUGCGUAAGAACAUCCACCACAGACCGCAGCAGCCGAGCCCUGCAACUGGAAACGCAGGUUCCAAGACCUCCGUACUCCAGUCCAGCGGAGCCGGAACGGGAGGAGGCGGAGGAGGGAUUUCUCUCACUCAGCCCGACAAGUACUCCCGACACGGUGUCCUGCCACCUCCCGAACCAACUCUACAACGAAAUAGAGACGUUGGGAAAGAUCCUAGUACUGCCAUAGAGACAGUUACCCCGUGGAGUCUCAGAAAGCCCGGCACCAACUUCAACAGCAAGUACUCCGACCCCAGACACCAGCCCCACUCUUCGUUGCGCCAUCCUCCGCCUGUCGUCGAUAUGACAUCAUCGUCCCCUGCUGCGGCUGCCGCUGCCACAAGCAGGGUCAGGGGGAGAGGGAGAGGAGGCGAACCAGCCAGGAUAUGUAGGGAAGACUUCGAACCCACCGUAACCAACAAGAGAGACCAAAGUGACAAGGUGGACUAUGCCAAGAGUAUGGCCAGAGGCUACCUUCGUUCGGUGGGCAGUGGGGAAUACGCUCCUCAACAACAUGCCUACGUCAAGACCUCAGAGCCUGAGCCCCCAACUGAAAGGGGAAAGCCACGAAAUGGAAGAGAACAGAUUCAGACGAAUUUGACUUCUGAGAAUCUGAUUUCUUCCCCCCCAAAAGCCAAGAUAUCAAAACUCCAGCCCUGUUUUUUUCUCCAAACUUUCAAAUCACAAAUUCAGCCGUACUUUCCCUGUAAUGAUGAACGGGUAGUCUCUAUUUGCAUAUUUUAAACCUCAGUGUGUAUUGAUGUGUGCCCUGCUCUCGAACAGAAGUGCAGUAAAAUUCAUUUUUAAGGAAAAUCUUUUUCAGCAGUAAAAUAUAUAGCACAUAAUCUCUUAUAAUCUCUGAGUAUAUAUACCAUGAGCUAUAGUAAAAGGUCACUUGAAGUUGAACUUUACUCUCACCAAGUACCGCAUUUUAAUCUGAAGGGGAUAAGCUGGAGUUUCUCUGACGCAGAAUGGCAGAGUUUGAAGAGCAAAUAAUAGGUAGAAGAUAAAAGUGCCAAAAAUAGAGCAAACUAAGUUCGAAGUAUAACAAAAAUUGAGCAAGAUUGCGAAACCCACAGACACUCUGCAGUCUAGGCAGAGUACUCUACCUGCUGAGCUGGCAACUCAGCAGGUGGGGGCUCAAACCUACAACAUUAUACAACACGCAAACCUCGAACCUACGGCAUAGUGUAUACAUUAC